UGCAACCACAAGCCUCUAACCCCCACUGGUGAGCAGGGAGUAGAAAAGUACACCACCCAGGAGAAAAAUCAAUCCUAUGCCCAAGGUACAACCUGAAGCAGCCUCAUUUCCCUAGGAGGCGGACUUCCUCCUGCUGGGGGAAUCCCUGGCUGGGAGGGGCAGGGGCCCUUCCUCUUAGUGGCCUUGGGACAUUCAGCAGGUGCUGGCACAGGCCCUGGUUAAAGGGGGGUGGGGACAAGCCUGAAGGGGCUCAGAGUCAGAAGACCCAUGGGAGCCUGGAGCCUGGGUGCCAGGAGAAAUCCUGCAGUGGCUAGGGGGCCUGGGGCAACCUCUUUGUCUCUUUGUCCAGAGCCUUAUGUAAGAGCUUUUCUUGGGAAACAGGAAGUCCUGCUUGCCAAGUUCAGCACAGGGAGUAGUGCAGGCCUUAUUCCAACAUACCCGGCCCAGCCUUCACACCAGAACUCAGCCAGCUUCUUGCUUCUGUGCCAGUGGUUCUCUUCCCCAUCGACCCCUGACCCUCCUUUCCCACCUUCAGUAACCUCUAGCAAACUGCCCCAGAGCUCUCCUGUGCCUGAGCCAGGGGGUUCACCCUCACCCCCGACCAGGACACUGCCCAGCCUGGCCCCCCAUCCCACUCCUGGCACCAUGCCCCAUAGCCAGCCAACGUUCCCUCCCCCAACUCUGGGGCUGCCCCAGGGUUCCUGCGCACUAGCCGCUCCUCCUGGGUGUCACUGACAGUCCUGUCCUUCCUAGAGGGACUGGCACCUAAUUCUCCUGAGGCUACUGGAGGGCAAGAGGGUCACAAGGUGACACUGGCUCCAUAACAGAGUGCCAGGAGCACUGAUAGUACCCCUAGUUUGCUUUCUUUUUCCCUCCUUUUUAUUCUCGAGUUCCUUUUUAUUUCUCCCUUGCGUAACACCCUUCUUCCCUUCUGCACCACUGCCCUCACCCCUACCCUCCCUGCCAUCUCCUUGCCAUCCCACUCCUGAGGCCACAGCUAUUGGCAGGGUCCCCAGCUCAUGCCAGCCUCAUCUCAUUUCUUGCUAGCCCCCAAAGGGCCAUCAGGCGACAUGGGGGCCCCAGUCCGAGAGCCGGCACUCUCAGUUGCCCUCUGGUUGAGUUGGGGGGCGGCUCUGGGAGCUGUGGCUUGUGCCAUAGCUCUGCUGACCCAGCAAACAGAGCUGCAAAGCCUAAGGAGAGAGGUGAGCCGGCUGCAGAGGAGCGGAGGUCCCUCCCAGAAGGGGGAAGGGUACUCCUGGCAGAGCCUCCAGAAGCAGAGCCCUGAUGCCCUGGAAGCCUGGGAGAAUGGGGAGAGAUCCCGAAGAAAGAGAGCUGUGCUCACCCAGAAACAGAAGAAGAAGCGCUCAGUUCUGCACCUUGCUCCCAUUAACUUCACCUCCAAGGAGGACUCUGACGUGACAGAGGUGAUGUGGCAACCAGCUCUUAAGCGUGGGAGAGGCCUGGAGGCUAAAGGAUACGUUGUCCGAGUCUGGGAUGCUGGAGUUUAUCUGCUAUAUAGCCAGGUUUUGUUUCAUGACGUGACUUUCACCAUGGGUCAGGUGGUGUCUCGGGAAGGCCCUGGACAGCGGGAGACUCUACUGAGAUGUGUACGAAGUAUGCCCUCCAACCCAGACCGGGCCUACAACAGCUGCUAUAGCGCAGGUGUCUUCCAUUUACACCAAGGGGAUAUUCUGAGUGUCAUAAUUCCCCGGGCAAGAGCAAAACUUAGCCUCUCUCCACAUGGAACAUUCCUGGGGUUUGUGAAACUGUGAUUGUGUUAUAAAACAUGGUUGUGAGCUUAGAAGACGAGGGUGGGUACAUAUUGUAGAUAGUCAAGAGCUGACUAGACAAAGGAUAGGGAAUGGGCAGGAA